GAAUCAGUGACUUGCAGUCCUCAGUCCUGAGGGUAAUUUAUUUGCUACUUGGAGGGGUUACAAGAGGAGCUAGAGAGAAAGCAGACUCCUGCAUAACACAGAUACGCGGUGGAAUCCCCCAAACCAUCCUCUUUUCUUCAAAGACUCCAGCUGCCCCUCCUGGGCUCUCUGCUUCCACUGGGCACAUGCUGAUGCCCCUGAGUGGGCUGCUCUGGUGGUGGUGCUGCUGCUACUGCUGUGCCUGGUACCGCUGUGGACUGUGCACCCCGGCUCCCCAGAUGUUGCGCCACCAGGGUCUCCUCAAGUGCCGCUGCCGCAUGCUCUUCAAUGACCUGAAGGUUUUCCUACUGCGGCGCCCCCCUCCAGCGCCCCUGCCCAUGCACGGAGACCCCCAGCCCCCCAGUUUGACAGCCAACAACAACACCCUUCCGGCUCUGGGUGCCGGGGGGUGGGCAGGCUGGAGGGGACCUCGAGAAGGGGUGGGCAGGGAGACCCCUCCUCUGCCACCUCCACCACCUUUGCCACCUUCUUCUGUGGAAGAUGACUGGGGUGGCCCAGCCACAGAGCCACCUGCCUCUCUGCUCAGCAGUGCCUCCUCAGAUGACUUCUGUAAGGGGAAGGCUGAGGAUCGCUACUCACUGGGCAGCAGCCUGGACAGUGGCAUGAGGACCCCACUGUGCCGCAUCUGCUUCCAGGGGCCAGAACAGGGGGAGCUGCUGAGCCCGUGCCGCUGUGAUGGCUCCGUCAAGUGCACCCACCAGCCUUGCCUCAUCAAGUGGAUCAGCGAGAGGGGCUGCUGGAGCUGUGAGCUCUGCUACUACAAGUACCACGUCAUUGCCAUAAGCACAAAGAAUCCUCUGCAGUGGCAGGCCAUCUCUCUGACGGUUAUUGAGAAGGUUCAGAUCGCCGCCGCCAUCCUGGGAUCCCUCUUCCUCAUUGCCAGCAUCUCUUGGCUCAUCUGGUCGACCUUCAGUCCCUCGGCAAAAUGGCAACGCCAAGACCUCCUCUUCCAGAUCUGCUACGGGAUGUAUGGAUUCAUGGACGUGGUGUGCAUAGGUCUCAUCAUCCAUGAGGGACCCUCCGUGUACCGCAUCUUUAAACGGUGGCAGGCUGUCAACCAGCAAUGGAAAGUGCUGAACUAUGACAAGGCAAAGGACCUGGAGGAUCAAAAGUCAGGAGGCAGGACAAACCCCCGGACCUCCUCGUCCACCCAGGCCAAUGCCCUCUCCUCGGAAGAGGGGGCUGUGGACACCCCCGCCCCUGAGGAAGGCCCGGCCCGGGCAGCCAGCCAGCCCUCAGGCCCUGUGUCUGAUCACCACUGUGCUUACACCAUCCUGCACAUCUUGAGUCACCUGCGACCUCACGAGCAGCGGAGCCCCCAGGCCGGCAGCCGGGAGCUCGUCAUGAGGGUCACGACAGUGUGA